CAUGUGUUUCCAGGGGAUCAUAUAGGAGACGGACUUGUAAACAUGUCAAGCGUGGGGUGCACUGCCAAAUAAUGAGCUAGCCUUGUGGUGCUGGCUAGCUUUGCUCUACGUGUAAAAUGUAGAUGCAGGCAUGGGUACAGGAAAUGUGAUAGGAGUUCAGUUUAGCGAGCCUACUGAAGCAGUACAUAGACCUCUGCUUGCUACAUUAUUCCAUCUGGUUUUCACUAAUGUUUAGUUACAUGUUAACUAACUUAGUUAGCUCGUCAGACCAACCUUUAGUGAAGAUAUGAAAUUACUCUUUCUUGCCUGUCUCAGCCCCAAAACUGGGAACCACACUACAGCUGAGAGAAUAAGGUCCCACAUUGAAUCAGCAGGACACACUUGUGAGCUCAGAGAUGCAGCAGAAUUUCAGUCUCCUGCUGAAGUGGCAAACCUAGUGUCUCGAAAUCCUCCAUUUGAGGGUGCACUGGCCAUUCAUCUGUUCAGAGCAGGCAGACUUCUCUUAGACAUCCAAGUACCCUUUGGCGUUAUCUUUGGCGGUACGGACAUAAAUGAAGAUGUGAAAGUUGAGCAGAAGCGCGUGGUUAUGGAGCAGGUGCUACUGAAAGCCAGGUUCGCAGUUGCAUUUACUGACAAACUGAAAGAAGAGGCAGAGUUGUUUUUGCUGUCCCAGAGCAGUAAAAUCUAUGUCCAGCCCCAAGGUAUCCAGACGGAAGUGACUAAGAAAUUCUGCUGGACUGAAUUCCUGAGGAGCUUAGGUGUAAGCAGUGAGCAUGUGGAUGAGCUGCGGGUCUUCCUGUUGGUCUGUGGCCUCAGAAGAGUCAAGGAUCCCCUCUAUCUGCUGGAGGUUUUUUCAGAGUGGCAUUGUGAGAAUCCACUGAAUGUGUUGGUCAUUAUUGGGCCAAAGCUACUUCAUCCAAGUAAUAAGCGCUCUGGCUGCACAGCAUCUGUCAUUAAGAGGAAAAUUCAGAUUGAUCCUGUACUUACUGUUGAAGUGGAAGAUGUUGUUAAAAGCAUCAUCCACGCCUCUGUGAGCCCUGAGUCACGCAGAACUGAGCUUUGCCACUGCUUCUGCAGAACAGCAGGGGUCUUCUUGGCCCAGGAGAAGAGCCAACAGGAGCUUCAUGCUGCCAUGAAAAGGUGCUUCGCCGUGGUCAACAGCUCUGUCUCAGAGGGCAUGUCAGCAGCCAUCUUGGAGGCCAUGGAUCUCGAGGUACCCGUGUUGGCCAGGGACAUUCCAGGAAAUGCAGCCGUAGUGCAGCAUGAUUUCACUGGCCUGCUGUACUCGUCUCCUCAGGAAUUUGUGCAUCAAUCUCAGAGGCUGUCGUCAGAUCAUGAGCUGAGAGAGAGAGUGGUGAAGAAUGGAAAACUCUAUGUGGAAGUGCAUCACAGCCUGAAACAGGAGAGAGAAACCUACCAGCGGCUGGUGGACACUCUGCUCUGAGCAUAAGGUCACAGCAUUCAGCCCCACUCUGUAUACUUUCUCAGGAACUUCAGCGACAGAGAACAAGGCAUUACACCGGUGUAUUUACCUUGCAUACAUUAUUAUUAUUGUUAUUAUUAUUAUUAUUAUUAUUAUUAUUAUUAUUAUUAUCACAGGUGUCUUUAUUCUCAGUCUUUUAAGACAUCAGACUACAAAGAUGCCUGUACAAAAUAAUCCUGUUUUAUCUGCACUGCCAGAUUGAAAUUAUGCUGCAGAGCACUUUGAACCAAAGACUUAAAGUAGAAAUGGUUGUUUGUCUUGUUAAUAUAUUUUACGCACUUGAAAUUGAUGAUGUACUGUUAUUUAUGGUUGAGUAUAAAUAUAGAAAAACUAUGGGUUCUCUUUUUAUUCAUUCUACUUAAUAAAAGAGACGAAUAACUCCA